GUAUUCAUUACUGUGUGUGCGCAUAACACUGGAGGGAAGCCCCGCCCAUCACCAUUCAACUUGUAGUUGAUCAUCAUUGCAAGUUGCAACCAGUGUGAGGAAUAAACUUCAGACUGGCAGACAGUCGUCAAAUAAUCCUUAUGUCUGCAAACGAGGAGCGCACAUUCAUUGCUAUCAAGCCGGAUGGGGUGCAGAGGGGUCUGGUAGGAGAAAUCAUCAAACGAUUUGAACAGAAAGGAUUCAAGUUAGUUGCUAUGAAAUUAAUCCAGGCCAGUGAGGAGCUGCUCACACAGCACUACAUUGACCUGAAGGACCGGCCAUUCUUUCCUGGGCUUGUCAGUUACAUGUCCUCAGGCCCUGUGGUUGCUAUGGUGUGGGAGGGUUUUAAUGUUAUAAAAACCAGCAGAGUAAUGCUUGGUGAGACUAAUCCCAUUGACUCUAAGCCUGGGACUAUUCGGGGUGACUUGUGCGUUCAAGUUUCCCGGAACAUCAUCCAUGGCAGUGAUUCAGUAGAUAGUGCCAACAAUGAGAUCGACUUGUGGUUCAAACCAGAGGAGCUAUGCGACUACUCUAAAUGUCAACAUAACUGACUCUAUGGCUGAAGGAUUUUUCUGCACAUACUGCAUUUCAUUCCUCUGGUGUCUCAUUUUAUUUCAAUUUCCCACUGUUUCUGUUGAUUGUCUUUAUAAUAAAACUCAUUUGUAUUGAAUACAUUUAGUGAGAGAAGUACCAAAAUAGAAGUUCUGUAUUUUUGGUCAGUUUCAAUGACUUUAAUAAAAGACAAAUACUAUU